UACUGUUUCAUCAUUACCCAUCCGUUCACUAUGGCCACAGACCACCAGAACCCUGCAUCCAAGCAGCAACAGCAAGGGACUAGUGCGUUUAAGCUGAUUAUCUAUGAGCAGGAAAACUUCCAGGGACGCUGCCAUGAGCUGACUGGUCCCUGUAACAACCUCCAGGAAGCAGGCGUGGAGAAAGUGGGCUCUAUACUGGUGCUGUGUGGACCAUGGGUGGGAUAUGAGCAGGCAAACUGUAAGGGGGAGCAGUAUGUGUUUGAGAAGGGGGAGUAUCCUCGCUGGGAUUCCUGGACCAACAGCAGGCGCAGUGACACCAUCAUUGCAUUCCGCCCCAUUAAAGUGGACAGCCAGGAGCACAAGAUUGUCCUUUAUGAAAACCCCAGCUUUGCGGGGAAGAAGAUCGAGAUCAUAGAUGACGAUGUCCCCAGCUUCCAUGCACAUGGCUACCAGGAGAAGGUCUCCUCUGUCAGAGUUCAGAGCGGCACUUGGGUGGGCUAUCAGUAUCCAGGUUACAGAGGCUUCCAGUACCUGUUUGAAAAGGGGGAGUACAAGGACAACUCUGAGUUUGGAGCCCAGAUCCCUCAGAUCCAGUCUGUUCGGCGCAUCAGAGACAUGCAGUGGCACCAGCGGGGUGCCUUCCACCCCACCACCGAAGCUUCUGACUCAUUCCAGUAAUUGAAACCUCACCUCUGCAACCUUGCUCUAUUCCAACACCCUUUCCCUCAACAAACAACAAACUGCAUUUUGAUAUCCACUGCAGUUGUUGACGUAGUGACAUCCCCUCAA